UUAAAAAUUGCGUACAACGAACGGUCAGAUUCGGUUUUCCGCUAUAUCAACGUAUAAGCUUACAGUGGCGCUUUGUAUAGUCGUACAUCGUGAUUUUACGAAAUGGUUUCGGUUUUAGGUAAAAAUAAGUAUUAAGAGUGAUGUAUAAAAAAAUUUAACUAGGAUGUGAAAGUAUGAAGUAACAUUUUGGAGUAUAAUAAAAAGAGACAUUUUUAUGCACAUUUGAUGUUCGAUUGGUUAAAGACUUUUUUCGGUUAUUUCAAUUUUAUCAUCAAUUUCUUCUCUUACCGCGGAAUAACGAAUCAACAUCAGUUUAAUAGAAACGUCGAUAAUAAUACAAACAAAAAAGACAAUUCGGGUAAAGUCGAAUUGAUUACGUGUGACAAUAUCGAUAAUUUACAAAAUAAUAAGGAUAAUUGUGAAGACUGUGAUUACAUUUAUGAAACAAUGAAGGCGAAUUUCCGGAGACGAAAUAGUAAACGUUUCGUAAUUGGUGAAGGAGAUGACGAAAUCGAAGUAUCACAUCCGCCCGAUAUCACUUUAACGCACGUCGAAAAUUCUAGUGAGAAUUUAGAAGAAAAAUGGGAACAAUUCCGCGAAGAUAACACCCGGCUACGUAUCAAACAAACUAGCACUCUAACACCUAGUAUGUCUCAGGGCACUGUUAUGCUACAUCCUAGACAAGAAGAAAAGAAUUUUACUGUAGCCACACCCGAGGAAUUCGUAAAGAGAUUCAAUGGUACCAGAGUGAUCAAUAAGGUUCUAAUUGCCAACAAUGGAAUAGCAGCUGUAAAAUGCAUGAGAUCAGUUCGUCGAUGGUCGUAUGAAAUGUUUAAAAACGAGAGAGCAGUGAGGUUCGUGGUAAUGGUAACGCCGGAAGAUCUAAAAGCUAACGCCGAAUAUAUCAAAAUGGCCGAUCAUUACGUUCCCGUUCCCGGCGGUACGAAUAACAACAAUUACGCCAACGUCGAACUUAUCGUCGAUAUAGCGGUUAGAUGUCAAGUGCAGGCCGUGUGGGCUGGUUGGGGACACGCUUCAGAAAAUCCGAAAUUACCCGAACUGCUUCACAAAAAUAACGUCGUGUUUAUCGGUCCCAAUGAAAAAGCGAUGUGGGCAUUGGGAGAUAAAAUCGCUUCGUCUCUGGUAGCACAAACAGCCGAAGUACCAACUUUACCUUGGUCGGGCUCUGGUCUAACUGCACAAUAUAGUGGUAAAAAAAUAAAAAUAUCAUCGGAAUUAUUCGCUAAAGGAUGCGUUCACACGGCGGAGGAAGGCCUAGCAGCCGCCCACAAAAUCGGUUUUCCGGUUAUGAUAAAAGCUUCAGAAGGCGGUGGAGGUAAAGGUAUCAGAAAAGUUGAACACCCCGAUGACUUUCAAGCGGCGUUCAGGCAAGUACAAACCGAAAUUCCCGGUUCACCGAUAUUCGUGAUGAAAUUGGCUAAAUGCGCUCGUCAUUUAGAAGUACAACUUUUGGCCGAUAUGUACGGUAACGCAAUAUCUUUGUUCGGUCGCGAUUGUUCAAUUCAACGGAGACAUCAAAAAAUUAUCGAAGAAGCUCCCGCCGUCAUUGCCGAACCAUCAGUUUUCGAGGACAUGGAAAGGGCUGCGGUAAGGUUGGCCAAAAUGGUAGGCUAUGUCUCAGCUGGUACCGUAGAAUAUUUAUAUGAUCCAUCUGGACAGUAUUACUUUUUGGAAUUGAAUCCUAGACUUCAAGUGGAACAUCCUUGUACGGAAAUGGUGUCUGACGUCAAUUUACCUGCUGCUCAAUUGCAAAUUGCCAUGGGUUUACCAUUGCACUACAUCAAAGAUAUACGUUUAUUAUACGGAGAAUCUCCAUGGGGUAUUUCCGAAAUAGAUUUUGAUCAGCCCAUACAUAAACCUCAACCUUGGGGACACGUUAUCGCGGCAAGAAUAACAUCCGAAAAUCCGGACGAAGGUUUCAAACCGAGUUCCGGAACCGUUCAGGAAUUAAAUUUCCGUUCGUCGAAAAACGUUUGGGGUUAUUUUUCCGUAGCGGCGUCUGGUGGUUUGCACGAGUUCGCCGAUUCGCAAUUCGGCCACUGCUUUUCGUGGGGCGAAAAUCGAGAACAGGCUAGGGAAAAUUUAGUAAUCGCUCUUAAAGAAUUAUCGAUUAGAGGUGAUUUUAGAACUACCGUAGAAUAUUUGAUAACUUUAUUGGAAACGAAAAGUUUCCAGGAGAAUACGAUAGACACGGCUUGGUUAGAUAUAUUAAUAUCGGAAAGAAUGCAAUCCGAAAAACCUGAUAUAAUGUUGGGUGUAAUGUGUGGGUCGAUCCAUAUCGCCGAUAUCACUAUCACAAAUUGUUUCCAAGAAUUUCAAACGUCUUUGGAGAGGGGUCAGAUCCAGGCCUCUAAUACCCUUACCAACGUCGUAGAAGUUGAACUGAUCAACGACGGUAACAAAUAUAAAGUACAAGCAACAAAGAGUGGACCUAAUACCUACUUCUUACAAAUGAAUGGUACUUUUAAAGAAAUUGAGAUACAUAGAUUAAAUGAUGGAGGAAUAUUAUUAUCUGUCGAUGGAGCCUCUUUUACUACCUACAUGAAAGAAGAAGUUGAUAGAUAUCGAAUAGUUAUCGGUAACCAAACUUGCGUUUUCGAAAAAGAAAACGAUCCCACAAUUUUGAGAUCACCAUCUGCUGGUAAACUCAUCGGAUAUGUUAUAGAAGACGGUGGGCACGUUAAUAAAGGACAAGCUUAUGCCGAAAUUGAGGUAAUGAAAAUGGUGAUGACGUUGACGGCAGCUGAAUCUGGUUUAGUGACGUACGUUAAACGACCGGGAGCUGUUUUAGAUGCAGGAUCUAUUAUAGCGUCCCUGGACCUGGACGAUCCUAGUUUAGUAACGAAAGCGGUAUUGUACAAAGGACCUUUUCCGGAAUUGGACGUUUCGCAACCGGUAGUACCCGAAAAGAUGAACCGCGUUCAUAAUAGUUACAGGGCAGCUUUAGAAAAUACAUUAGGAGGUUAUUGUUUACCCGAUCCUUAUAACGCUCCACGAUUGAGGGAAGUUAUUGAAAAAUUCAUGUCUUCACUGAGAGAUCCGAGUCUUCCUUUAUUGGAGUUGCAAGAAGUGAUGGCUUCUAUUUCGGGACGCAUACCCACAGCAGUUGAAAAGAAAAUUAGGAGAUUGAUGGCUUUGUACGAAAGAAAUAUUACCUCUGUUUUGGCGCAGUUUCCUAGUCAACAGAUUGCUAGCGUUAUUGAUACUCACGCCGCGAGCAUGACGAAAAGAACCGAAAGAGAUGCGUUCUUUUUAGCUACCGAGGGAAUAAUACAACUGGUUCAAAGAUAUCGCAAUGGAAUUCGUGGUCGUAUGAAGCACGCCGUUCAAGAACUCUUAAAACAAUACUACGAAGUCGAAAGCCAAUUUCAACACAGUUCCUAUGAUAAAUGCGUAUCUCUUUUACGUGACAAACAUAAAGAUGAGAUGGCAGCUGUCACAGAAACGAUAUUUUCGCACAGUCAAGUAGCUAAAAAAAAUCUUUUAGUAACAAUGCUUAUCGAUCAUUUGUGGAGUAACGAACCGGGCUUAACCGACGAAUUGGCCAGUUGUCUAACUGAAUUAACAUCUUUAAACAGAAGUGAACAUUCCAGAGUGGCUUUGAGAGCGAGACAAGUUUUAAUUGCCGCACACCAACCCGCUUAUGAAUUGAGGCACAAUCAGAUGGAAAGUAUAUUCUUGUCUGCUGUCGAUAUGUACGGACAGGAAUUCCAUCCAGAAAACCUUCAAAAAUUAAUAGUAUCAGAAACUUCAAUCUUCGAUAUUCUCCAUGAUUUCUUUUAUCACACUAACCGGGCAGUGUGUAACGCAGCUUUAGAAGUAUACGUCAGGAGAGCUUAUACUAGUUACGAUAUCAAUUGUUUACAACAUUUAGAACUGAGCGGAGAAGUGCCACUUGUACAUUUCACGUUUACUCUACCACCUUCACAUCCUAAUAGAUUGGUCAAAUUAAGUUCGGCUAUGGAAACUACAAAAGAGACUUUGGAAUCAGAAAACGAAUUGAAAAUUGUGGAUAAUUUCCAUAGGACCGGUUGUAUGGCAGCUUUUGAAAAUUUCCAACAAUUCGAACAAAGCGCAGACGAAAUUUUCGAUCUCAUAGAAGAUUUUGCUAGUCCUGCGACCAUUUCGGCGAAAGAUUUAAAUGCCGUGGAAAGCGGAUCAGAAUCGAGAGGAAACAGCACUUCGAUAAAUGUCAGUUUAUCUUUAGAAGCCCGAAGACCGAGUACCGAUCAAAAAAUCAUUGAAGAACCAGUUCACAUUUUGAUGAUUUGUAUCAAAGAUGAAGGGGACAAAGACGAUUCAUCUAUGAGUAAAAUGUUUGCAGCUUGGUGUGCAAGACAUAAGGACGAACUUAUAUCGCGCCAUAUUAGAAGAAUUACAUUUUCACCACUCAAACACAAACAGUCUCCAAAAUUCUUUUCAUACAGAGCCAGAGAAGGAUUUGUAGAAGAUAGGAUAUACAGACAUUUAGAACCAGCUUCAGCUUACCAAUUAGAAAUGAAUAGAAUGAGAUCGUAUCAAUUGGAAGCUUUGCCUACAUCUAACCAAAAAAUGCACCUGUAUCUUGGAAAAGCCAAGGGAGCUGGAGGAAAAGAAGUUAUGGAUUAUCGAUUUUUCAUAAGAUCUAUCAUCAGACAUUCGGAUCUAAUAACCAAAGAAGCUUCUUUCGAAUAUCUACAGAACGAAGGGGAACGUGUUAUGUUAGAAGCGAUGGACGAAUUAGAAAUCGCCUUUUCUCAUCCCCAUUCUAAAAGAACUGAUUGCAAUCAUAUUUUCCUCACGUUCAUACCUACAGUUAUUAUGGAUCCAGCGAAGAUCGAAGAAGCAGUUACGAACCUCGUGAUGCGAUACGGCCCUCGUCUUUGGAAACUUAGAGUUCUCCAAGCAGAAAUAAAUUUGACAAUUAGACCUCUCCCAAAUGCCGCUACUUCUAAAAUUCGUCUUCAUAUAGCUAACGACAGCGGAUAUUUUUUGGAUAUUAGUAUGUAUACGGAAGCAACUGAUCCAGAAACGGGUAUAAUUAAAUUCCAAGCGUACGGAAACAAACAGGGACCCUUACACGGUUUACCGAUAUCCACACCUUAUAUACCAAAGGAUUAUUUACAACAGAAGAGAUUCCAGGCGCAAUCUAUAGGCACAACUUACGUUUAUGAUUAUCCAGAUAUGUUUAGACAAAUGACAGAUUUGCAUUGGAAAAAAUAUACGCGAGAGAGGCUGAAUGAAAAUAUAAAAAUUCCCGAUAAACUGAUGGAUUGUGUGGAAUUGAUAUUAGAUCCGGAAACUGAAUCGAGAUUAUUGGAACAGAAAAGGGUACCUGGUGAAAAUAACGUCGGUAUGGUUGCUUGGAGAAUUACACUUUAUACUCCGGAAUAUCCUUCUGGUAGAGAAAUCAUCGUUAUUGCCAACGAUGUUACUUACUUAAUUGGAUCUUUUGGACCAAGAGAAGAUAAGGUAUACGCAUUUGCCAGUCAAAUAGCUAGAAAAUGCAAAAUUCCCAUGAUAUAUCUCGCAGCUAAUUCUGGAGCUAGAAUAGGACUGGCAGAAGAAGUGAAAGCAGUAUUUAGGGUUGCGUGGGAAGAUAAUAAAGAACCCGACAGAGGUUUUAGAUAUUUGUAUCUAACCCCAGAAGAUUAUGCCAAAGUUAGUACCACCAAUUCGGUUAGAGCUGUUCUCAUAGAAGAUGAAGGCGAAUCUCGUUAUAAAAUAACAGAUGUUAUAGGUAAAGAAGACGGAAUCGGCGUUGAAAAUUUAAAAUACGCCGGUUUAAUAGCUGGAGAAACGUCGUGUGCUUACGAAGAAAUCGUUACGAUUUCGAUGGUUUCUUGUAGAUCAAUUGGUAUCGGUUCCUAUUUAGUACGCUUAGGUCAAAGAGUCAUUCAAAUAGAAAAUUCUCAUAUUAUCCUUACAGGAUACGCAGCUCUAAAUAAACUCCUCGGAAGGGAAGUGUAUGCAUCAAAUAAUCAACUUGGUGGCAUUCAAAUUAUGCAUAAUAAUGGUGUGAGCUACAAAACCGAACAAACCGAUUCUGAGGGUAUUUACACCAUAUUACAAUGGCUCUCUUAUAUACCGAAAGAUAAAAUUUCACCGAUUCCAAUAAUUAAUUCCGUGGAUCCGAUUGAUAGAGAAGUUACUUUUACCCCGACGAAAACGCCUUACGAUCCGAGAUGGAUGAUCGAAGGUAGACAAUCGCCGAAUGAUCCGACAAUAUGGGAAAGCGGAUUUUUCGAUAAAGGUUCUUGGUCGGAAGUAAUGAAACCGUGGGCGCAAACCGUCGUAACCGGUCGAGCGAGAUUGGGAGGUAUACCGGUAGGAGUAAUCGCAGUUGAAACUCGAACGGUGGAAUUGACAUUACCAGCCGAUCCUGCCAAUUUUGAUUCAGAAGCAAAGACGGUUUCUCAAGCUGGACAAGUUUGGUUCCCUGAUUCAGCUUACAAAACAGCACAGGCUGUCAAAGACUUUGCAAAAGAAGACAUCCCCUUAAUAAUAUUCGCCAAUUGGAGAGGAUUUAGUGGUGGAAUGAAAGACAUGUACGAACAAAUUGUCAAAUUCGGAGCUUAUAUAGUAGACGAGUUAAGACAUUAUAAACAACCAGUUAUCAUUUAUCUGCCGCCUAAUGCGGAACUUCGAGGAGGAGCUUGGGUAGUCGUAGAUUCAACAAUUAAUCCUCGAUAUAUGGAAAUGUACGCUGAUAACGACAGCAGAGGUGGUGUGCUAGAACCUGAAGGGACAGUAGAAAUAAAAUUCCGCAAAAAAGAUCUAUUAAAAGCGAUCCAUCGUAUUGAUCCCAUAGUAAAAGAACUGGACGAGCAAUUGGCUCAAAUAUCGAGAGAAAUGCCGCGCGAUCGCUCAGGUAGCAUAUCACAAUCGUCGUUACCUAGAGAACGUUCAGCAAGUAUCACCGCAUCAAUAGAAAAACCUAAGCUACCAGAAAUCGCCGAUAUCGAAAAGAAAAUACAACAAAGAGAAAACUUUUUAUUACCAAUGUACCAUCAAGUAUCUGUACAUUUUGCUGACUUACACGAUACGCCGGUAAAAAUGUUGGAAAAGGGAGCUAUAAAUGAUAUAGUGCCGUGGCGAAAAUCAAGGACGAUAUUAUACUGGCGGUUAAGGAGGCGUCUCUUAGAAGAAAGAGUUAUCAAAGCUCUAAGGGAAGUACAACCGGAAUUAGCGAUAGGACAGGGAGAAGCUAUGUUAAGAAGAUGGUUUGUUGAAGACAAAGGCGCUUCACAGGGAUACAAAUGGGAUAAAAACGAAGUUGUGGUUCAAUGGAUCGAAGAACAAUUGGCAAAGAACGCCGACGAAUCUAUUAUAAAUCACAAUAUACAUGCUGUAAAAAAAGAUGCAGUUAUAAAUAAAAUAAAAUCGACAUUAGAUGAUUGUCCUGAUGUUGCUUUGGAUGCUGUAGUAGCAAUUAUCGAAAAAUUGAGUGACAAUCAAAAGGCAGAAGUGAUUCGAACAUUAUCUCUAUUAGGCUCCUUAGAAAAUAUCGAUUAACACAAUUUUAUAUCUUAUAUGGAGAUUUUUUUGAUAUGGGCUUUGUAAAAAUAGCCCAAUUUGCCUUUGUUGGUCGAAAGGUGCUAAAUUUUUGAUAUUAAAAGAAUGUAAUGUAUAUUUUUGUAAGAAUCUCCACACCUUCACUCAAUUAAACUCCUUCUUUUCCAUUAAUCCAAUUUUACAACCAAAAUAAGUUUAAAACUGAAUAUUUUCGAUUUUUUAUUGAAAAGGGCUAUGUGAUUAAAUACACAAUAUAUCAACUGUCAUGAUUACCAUAUUAAAGAAUUUUAAUAAUUAACACUGAAGCUUUAAUAUAUGUGAAUUUUUCCAGACAUCAGUACACAACAAAUUUUUAUGUUAUUACAUUUCAGGAUGUCUAUCAAUGAUUUUUUCUGUGGUAUAUGGCACAAAAAAAUUUUUUAUUUUUUGUUAAAAUUUAAACGAUGAUCGGAUUUCAUUUCUUCAUAAGGAAUUGCAUAAUUUAUUUGAUUUGUUUAUUAUUCAUCAACACUUACGACAAUUUUAAAAAAAUCUCAAAGCCGUAUUCAUAUAAAAAUCGAUCAAAUUUAUUCAAUAAAUUGUAAAUAAAUUAAAAACUUCUUGUUUUGGAAUUCCUUUAUUAUUAUUUCUUUCAAAUGAUUGUUUGUUGUUAUUUAUUUUCUGAACAACGUCUAGUUACAAAGAUUAUUGUUGAUAAAUAUUUUGUUAAAUAUAAAUAAAUGGAAAAA